AUGCCCAUUCCAAUCGUGGACUCUCAUAUCCAUCUUUUUCCAGGAUCACACCUACCAACAUUCGCCUGGUAUAAUCCAGACGGCCCUCUAAGCGCCCAGCACAGCGUCGACCAGUACCGACACGCGACAUCCAGCGUUCCUGCCACCUCGGAAACGACUGACGCAAAGUACCUGCGGGGCUUUAUCUUCCUUGAGACGGAUCGUGUCUCCUCCAUUGAAGAGUCCGAAUCGUCGGGCGCUCCCGGCUGGAAACAUGCUCUCGACGAAGUCUCUCUCCUAACGCGAAUUGCGCUCGGCCAACCUGUGGACGGAGAAGGACACGGUCCUUCAGACAAGGAGUUUUGCUUGGGAAUUGUGCCUUGGGCGCCUGUUCCUGGUGGACCUGAUGUCUUGCGCCCGUAUAUGGAGAAGGUUAAGAAGAGGACGACGACGGAAGAAGUUUGGCGCAAGGUUUGUGGGGUGAGAUACUUAGUUCAGGAUAAGCCUGCGGGUGUUAUGCUCCAGCAGAAAUUCAUUGAUGGUCUUCGUUGGCUGGGGAGAGAGGGUCUUGCUUUUGACUUGGGUGUUGAUGCCAGGCAGGGUGGUCUAGAUCAAUUACGAGAGGCUGUUGAGAUGAUGGGGAGGGUUUACAGCAAUGAUGCUGAGUCUCCGGUGACUAUUGUGAUCAACCACCUUUGCAAGCCUAAUUUAAGACUUGCGCCCGAAUCCGUGCCUACACAUCCCGAAUACCUCGAGUGGAAAAGUUUGGUUACCCGAAUGGCAGCGGUAAGCCCCCGAACUUAUAUGAAGCUCUCCGGAGCUUUCUCUGAGCUCCCGCCAUUGUCAACCGAAUCCGAGCCCGACAUAAACGACCUAGCUAGUCGACUCCAGCCAUGGACAGAUGUUGUCUUCGAUGCAUUUGGCCCUGACCGCAUCAUGUUCGGCUCCGACUGGCCAGUAGCUAAUAUCGGCGGAGGAGGAAACGACAUUUCAUGGUAUAGAUGGCGUAGGGUCGUUGAGAGGGUCUUCGAACGAAGAAGCUUGAGCGAAGAGCAAAAAGCAGGAAUUUGGGGACAAGUAGCGAUCACAGCUUAUGGAAUUGAGCUUUAA